UUACCACAAUACUUCCGGGUGCACAUCCGUUAAUGUGGGUUAGACGGUAGCUCAUUAGUAGCUGUUUUAUUUCGUUCACUUUAGCUUCUUUAGUCACUGUUAAAUAUGAAUACGGUUUUAUCGAGAGCUAACUCGCUGUUCGCCUUCUCUCUGAGCGUCAUGGCGGCUCUGACUUUCGGCUGUUUCGUUACGACAGCGUUUAAAGACAGAAGAGUUCCUGUGGACAUCCACGUCUCCAAAGUUAUGCUGAAGAAUGUUGAUGACUUCACAGGACCCAGGGAACGAAGUGAUCUAGGGUUCAUCACCUUUGACGUCUCGGCUGAUUUGGGGCCAAUUUUUGACUGGAAUGUCAAACAGCUGUUUCUCUACCUGUCUGCUGAAUAUGCUACAAAGAGCAACUCUUUAAACCAGGUGGUGCUGUGGGAUAGGAUCAUUCUCCGAGGGGACAACACCAAACUGAACCUCAGAGACAUGAAGUCCAAAUACUUCUUCUUUGAUGAUGGGAAUGGCCUCAGAGCCAAUAAAAACAUCACUUUGACGCUGUCCUGGAAUGUUGUUCCCAACGCUGGAAUCCUUCCCCUGGUAGCUGGAAGCGGACACAGCAGCCUGCCUUUCCCUGACCAAUAUGAGGCCACCAAGAGCUAUUAGACAGAAAUCUACACAUGCAGCCUGCAGCAACACACAUCUUUCCACCCAGACUGAUCACACACACACCAUACAUUAGUGUUUCUUUAUCUGUAUACGAGACGGUUUGUAAUAAAGAAGGAAACUAAAA